AUGAUUCGGGUGCGCAGCUUGUCGGGGGAAGUGUUGGCCGCCGCGCCCGCGGACGACCUCAGAAGCGUGGGCGCCGUGAAGUGCCACCUGCGCACUUUGUACAGCUACCCGGUGUGCCUGCAACAGCUCCUCGAAGAUGAGAGGGUCUUGGAGGACAGUGCUCUCCUGGAUGGGUCCCUUGACCUACAGCUGGUGAUGCUGUCGGACCUCGGCCCAGAGCAGAUGCCCAUGUGUGCACACGAGCUUGUGGAGUAUGCUGCCCAGUUUGGUCAUGUUGAAGUGGCCCAGACUGCUGCAAGCUGGCGCCAACAAGAACCUCCGGCACAGUGCUGGCACGACCGCCCUCAUGCGCGCUCUGAACACGGCCAGGUGGAGAUUGUGCGUUUGCUGCUGGAGGCUGGCGCCGAAGUGAACUUGGCAGACAUGAUCAGCGAGGACUGCUCUCAUGUGUGCAUCUGCCCGGGGACACGUCGAGAUUGUACGUCGCUUCUUGAAGCCGGUGCCGACAUGAACUUGCAGACUUGGACGGCAUGA